AUGAGUUCUGGGGGCGAUGCGAAGCUGUUCGCUAGAGGCAAGGUUGCCGAGUUGCGACAGGAACUAAAUAGCGGCGGCAAGAAAGAUAAGAACUACUCCGCCAAGAAGAUCGCCUUGAAGAAGAUUGUUGCCAACAUGACCAUGAGCAAUAACGAUAUGGUUGCGCUAUUUCCGGAUGUUAUUGACUGCAUGAACCUGCCGAGCUUGGAAAUCAAGAAGAUGUGCUUCUUAUUUCUGGUCAACUAUUCGCGAAUGAAGCCGGAGGUAGCGAUGAAGGCGCUUCCGAUUCUGGUUGAUGACAUGGCAGACGAUAAUCCGCUUGUGCGUGCACUUGCGCUGCGAACUAUUUCCUACGUCCAUGUGCGCGAAUUUGUCGAAGCGACUUUCCAACCUCUCAAGCGCCUCAUGCAAGACAAUGAUCCUUAUGUCCGCAAGACUGCCGCUUUCUGUGUGGCUAAACUCUACGAACACGACAAGAAGACAGUUGAAAACUCAGAUUUGAUCGACCGCCUCAAUAGGAUGUUGAAGGACGAAAAUCCCACAGUCGUCUCUAGUGUCCUGGCUUCCCUAGUCGACAUCUGGGGCCGCAGCGAGUCCAUCUCCCUGACCAUUGACUACGUCAGUGCUUCAAAACUAGUUUCUAUUCUGCCCGAUUGCUCUGAAUGGGGUCAAUCUUACAUCCUCGAAGCUCUGAUGUCUUACGUGCCCCAAGAUAAUGCCGAGGCCCUUCUGCUGGCAGAACGAAUCGCCCCGCGGCUAUCUCACUCGAACUCGGCAGUCGUACUGACUGCUUGCCGAGUGAUCCUAUAUCUCAUGAACUAUAUCGCCGAGGAGAAGCACAUCACGUCUUUAUGCCGGAAAUUAUCACCACCCCUCGUCACCUUGCUCUCCAAGCCGCCGGAGGUUCAGUACCUCGUCCUGCGUAACGCUAUCCUGAUCUUGCAGAAACGCCCAGAGGUCCUUCGUAAUGAUAUUCGCGUUUUCUUCUGCAACUACAACGACCCGAUUUAUGUCAAAGUGACCAAAUUGGAGUUGAUGUUCAUGCUGACCACAAAGGAUAACAUCUCCGUGGUUCUGGCUGAGCUUCGAGAAUAUGCCACUGAGAUUGAUGUGCACUUCGUACGUAAGGCAGUGCGUGCCAUCGGUAAACUGGCAAUCAAGAUUGAGUCCGCCGCAAAGCAAUGUAUCGAUACCUUGUUGGAGCUCGUCGAUGCCAAGAUCCCGUACAUCGUCCAGGAAGCCACGGUUGUGAUUCGCAAUAUCUUCCGAAAGUAUCCCAACCAGUACGAGAGCAUCAUCAGCCACGUGAUUAGCAAGAUCGACGAUCUCGACGAGCCCGAGGCCAAAGCAGCCAUCAUCUGGAUCAUUGGCCAGUAUGCAGAUCGUAUUGAGAACUCGGAUGGGCUACUGCAGGAUUAUUUGGCUACCUUCCACGACGAAACCAUCGAAGUGCAGUUGGCCCUUCUCACUGCCACCGUGAAGUUCUUCAUUCAGCGGCCUACAAAGGGCCAACAGCUCGUUCCCCAGGUCCUUAAGUGGUGCACGGAAGAGACAGAUGACCCGGAUCUUCGAGACCGAGGCUACAUGUAUUGGCGUCUGUUGUCGACCGACCCAGCAACAGCCAAGCAAGUUGUUAUGGGCCAGAAACCACCCAUCACCGCGGAAAGCGAGAAGCUCGAUCCUCGGACUCUCGAGGAGUUGUGCUUAAACGUCGGCACUCUUGCCACUGUCUACCUCAAGCCUAUUCACCAAGUUUUCCGCGCCGCACGCCCUCGUCGAUUGCAACCCAGCCCGGCGUUGCAACGGCCUCGUAUCGAAGAUGGCACUGGCGCUAUGCUCGAGUACAACCCUCCCUCUGCUAGCAUGCCAGCCGCAUCAACCAGCAACAGCGGUCUCGCAACCAUCACGACUACAGGAAACCCUAUCAGUCCUGUCAAUUCUGCUCCUCCCGCUUUCCCUCUCCCAGCUGGAGGCGUUGCCUCUGGCACUAACACCUCAGCCGAAGCACUCAAGGCGGCAGACUCGUACUUCAACAAUAUCGGCUCACAACAGAUGGCCUCAUUGGAUCUGGGUGGGCGUGAUGGCGGAGCAGGUGGUGGAGGCGCGCUUCAGACGCAGUAUGUUGUUACGCAGAACCAGCAGCAGGCGUACCAGCCUCAAUUUGCUGGUGGCGCAGCUACGGGUGAGCUGUUGUUGCUCUAA